UCCCAGGCGCCCUCGCGGCCGCUGAAGGUGAGGCGGCCGUCAUGUCGGUUUCGGCGACGGCGGCCUACCUGACCCACCAGCAGAAGGUGUUGCGGCUGUAUAAGCGAGCGCUGCGACACUUGGAGUCGUGGUGCAUCCACAGGGACAAAUACCGGUACUUUGCUUGUUUGAUGAGAGCCCGGUUUGAAGAACAUAAGAAUGAGAAGGAUAUGGUGAAGGCCACCCGGCUGCUGAGGGAGGCGGAGGAAGAAUUCUGGUACAACCAGCAUCCUCAGCCGUACAUCUUCCCUGACUCUCCGGGGGGCACCUCCUAUGAGAGGUACGAGUGUUACAAGGUUCCCGAGUGGUGCUUAGAUUACUGGCAUCCUUCCGAGAAGGCAAUGUAUCCUGAUUACUUUGCCAAGAGAGAGCAGUGGAAGAAGCUGCGGAGAGAAAGCUGGGAGCGAGAAGUAAAGCAACUGCAGGCGGAAACCCCGGCUGGUGGUCCCCGCACUGAAGCUUUGCCUCCGGCCCGCAAGGAAGGUGAUUUGCCCCCACUGUGGUGGUAUGUUGUGACCAGGCCCCGGGAGCGGCCCAUGUAGAGAGAGGAAGACACCUCACCAGUCAUGCUUGCAAGUGAAAUACAUUACAGAAAAUAUACACACUUGCCCUAAUAAAAGUAACUCAACGUGGUGGUA